UCAGCGCGGCGCGAGAGAUGGCGCUGCGGCAGGCGCACUUUCAGCGAGUUUCGAUCCAGCAGAAGCAAGCCAGUCAAGCCGCUCUGGUUCGCCACGCUCAGUGCUAUCCUAGUACUGCGUGGAGACCCAAGACUUCACCUCUUGUGCGCGAAGAUGACGAACUUCUCGAGGAAAGCGAGCAGCUCGUCUAAUCACCACGCCUCUGUCAUCGCAUCUUAGCGAAGACUCCCAGCACCAACACCACCACCGCCAACUACACCUCCUCCACCACCAAACACCACCACCACUCGCCAACUACACCCGAGCAGCAGCCCUCCGCACGCCCCUCCCCUCCGCAGCCGCCGCAGCCGCCGCACCCCGCAAGACAGAACCGGCCGGUUGCAACGACUCCUCCGUGACUUGAAGCAGUUGCCGGCCAGCCCGCCGCUCCUCCUCGCCGCCUCCGCGCCUCGUCCUCGUCCAGCCGGCCCUCGCUCAGCACCGCCUGAGCACCCGGCCUGAGCCUAGCCGCUCGCAGGCGGUGCAGGCCCAGCAGUGCCAUGGGGAAGUCACCGCGCCCGCCCCGAGCGCCCUCCGCGGCCAAGCUUCGGACUGAAACGGGGUAGUGGGCCCUGCCGCGGGGCCCCGCCAAGCUCUCCAGCCCCGCGGGGGUGCAGGCCCUGCAGGCCUCGGCCGCUCGUGUGCGCAUCUGUGAUAAUGUAUUAAAGUUGUACCAGAGUCUAUUUUUGGCACGUGUGUCUGAGAGUGUGUAUGUCUUAGUUAGCGUAGGGAGCGGGUGGAGCGAGAAAGGGCUAUUUUAACGGUGUGAAUGAGUAGUGCCAGUGUGAGGGUUUAGGAAUAAAGGGGGUUUACGUUUAAGUCCGGCUGAGGUGAUUUUUUUUUUCGGUGGUCGCAAAUACUCGGAGAGAGUCCAUCUCUGUCGUGCAUGUCUCAGUGAGGGUAGAAGGGACAAUGAUCGAGCCGUACGCGCCUGAGAUGCUAUGGCUCAUCAUCGUGGGCUUCUUCGUGGCCUUCGUCUUGGCGUUCGGCAUCGGCGCCAACGACGUGGCCAACUCGUUCGGCACCUCCGUCGGCUCCAAGGUGCUCACCGUGAGGCAGGCCUGCGUCCUGGCGACCAUCUUCGAGAUCGCAGGCUCCGUCCUCAUAGGCUACAAAGUGUCGGACACCUUGCGCAAGGAUCUGCUGGACCUGUCCAUGUACGAGGAUGACGAGUACGAACUGCUCCUGGGGUGUCUCAGUUCACUCUUGAGCAGUGCCCUGUGGCUCCUGCUAGCGACCUUCUGCAAGCUGCCCAUCUCAGGCACCCACAGCAUUGUAGGGGCCACUGUUGGCUUCUCGUUGGUCUGUCGGGGCACCCAAGGCCUCCGCUGGACAACACUGGGGAUGAUUGUGGCGUCAUGGUUUAUUUCCCCAGUUUUGUCUGGUAUGGUUUCAGUGGCCUUUUACAAGGUGAUCGAUAAUUUCAUUCUACAAGCUUCCCAGCCUUUUAAACCAGCUCUGAGGGCAAUGCCUCUGUUCUACGGUUUCACUGUUAUUGUCAAUGUGUUUUCCAUAGUUCAUAAUGGGCCGAGAUUGUUUCACUUCGAUAAGAUCCCAUUAUGGGGUGCACUAUUGGCAAGUUUUGGGAUUGGAAUCUUUGUAUCUUUAAUGGUACAAAUUUUCUUGGUACCUUACCAAAGGAAGGCCAUCUUGGGGAGUCUUGAUCAAUCACGCAAAGAUCGAAGCCGAGGAGUUAGCUUUACUUUCGGAGGAUCAACAGAUUCUUCAAGAGAUCCGAGCCCUAGACCAUCAAGGAACAUGUCAGCAGAGGAUCUUCAUCAUUCUUCUUUGCCUAUGAUAAAAGAAGGAAAUGAACUCUCUAUGCCUUCCAAUAAUGAAGCGGCCCCUUCCACUCACAGUGCUCAGCACACUUAUAGAUUCAGCAUUGGAAACACCACAGCAAAGGCUAAUGGCUAUUCACUGGCCGAAACAACUUUAAACAAUGCACUGAUAGGAGGCUCAGAGACCCAGAAAGGUACUGACCGUCAAUUGGGGCUGCCUGGGAGUGGCCAAGUUACUCCAGCUUAUGGGCUUUCUCCGAACAGCAGUGCUGUACCUUUGAUCAGAGAAAAGUUGCCAGAGUCUUUGAAACUGAUGGAAGAGGGUGGCAAUGGCAAGGCGUCCGGAGUUGAUGAUGAACCUGUAGAAGUUGCCAAGACUUUCUCAUUCCUUCAGAUUCUUACUGCUAUUUUUGGUUCUUUUGCCCAUGGAGGAAAUGAUGUCAGCAAUGCCAUUGGUCCUCUUAUAGCCAUGUGGCUAAUAUACCAUGAUGGCUCUGUACGCCAAGCUUCUGAGACACCUCUGUACAUCCUCCUCUAUGGUGGACUUGGAAUAACAACAGGAUUGUGGCUGUGGGGUAGGAGAGUCAUACAAACAAUUGGGGAAGAUCUUACCAAAAUAACAGCCACUGAGGGAUUCACCAUUGAAAUUGGUGCUGCAUUUACAGUCCUCCUCGCGUCCAAAAUAGGGAUUCCAAUCAGCACAACACAUUGUAAAGUAGGGUCAGUUGUGUUUGUUGGUCUGGUGUCCUCCUCUUCAUCAGGUGUUGAUUUGAAAUUAUUUCGGAACAUUAUAUUUGCUUGGCUGGUGACAGUGCCAGCAGCAGGUGGAUUAAGUGCCCUCUUUAUGUUUCUGUUCCGUUCAUUCUUACUUUAAACUGCAUUUGGUGACUGUCUAUACUUCUGCUCAGCUCUGCUACUGACUUCUGCUCACAAUUAUUUCCAAAGUCUGUCACUUGCUUUUCUGAUUGUAUCAGUUUCAUGUUUAUGAAAGAAGCAAACAAUUAUGGUUUACUUAUGAAUGUAUUUCAAUUGUGUUUUGCUGUUAAGAGUCACAUUCGGGUCAAUUUUGUUUUCAAGAGAGGAAUAACAUUGUCUCAGCACGAAACUGGUUAAAUGUGGAAUGGAAAUCCCUUAACUAAAACUUCUUGUUAUGUGGAUCUGUGAAGAAUAUGACUUAUGGAAAGCUGCUAAUACACUACUUAUCUGCAAUGAGCCUCUAAAAAAAAUAAUUAAAACUAAAUAGUAGUAUCCCAUUUUGCUCAGCCUCUGUCCAAGGCAUAGGGGGAUUCUUUUGAAUGUUUAGUCGUUCUUCUAGAAUAAUAAAUCUGUGUUUGAUUGUUAAAAGCUGUUACUUGUCACAUGUUCACCAGACAAGGAAGUAUAUAUUGUAUAGCCAUUAUGGAAUGUGUUGUCUUGGAGAAAGUUGUAACUAUUAGAUUUUGCAGAGCUUUACCCAGAAGUGAUUUGUUUGAUUUGCAGUUAUGAUCCAUCCUUUUAAAUUCUUAACAAAUUGUACCAUAGAUGCAUAUUUGUUGGUUUACAUUUUUCUUAACAAUAAAAUACAGUAAAAGCUAGUUGGUUGCAUGACCAAUAGCUGGUUUUCAGUUGUAUGCAUCUAAAACUCAGCUUUCUUAAAGUUAAAAUGAUCUGUAGUAUCAUCUUGAGGCCAUAUUUGAAUACCAUUGAAUUUUGGGUUGACCCACAGCAGCAACUAUUCUUCAUAAAAGUCCCAACUCUCCUUCCUAGACAAAUUAUUUUUAAAAAAUUGUAUGAGAGAACUAGGGUAAAGACUUAAAAGCACCUUUUUGACCAUAGCACUUCAAAAUCCUGUUGUCAAUUUUCCUUUGUUGAUAUGAGUCACUGGACUUUCACUGUUGAUUGCAUCACACUUUUCCAUAAAUUACUAUCUUGGUCAAUUUAAUUGUGAUAAUUUCUGUUUUGAGUUGAUCAUCAGAGGAAGUUGGGACAUGUCCACAAGUUGGAUGUGACUAUUUGUUCUUUUUUCAUAAACUAAGCUUCAGAUACUUGUACAUUCUACCACGUGAACUUUAGAUUGUAAAAUUAACUAACCCUCCAUAUAGAAUGCCCAGAGUUGUGCAACUGCGGUGUAUUUGAGUUUUUGUAGGGAAAAAAUGAAGUGUCCUAGGAUGGUUACUGUCCUGACAGUUACAUUUGUUGUUCUGAUGCCAAAGUAAUGGUUGUCAGAUUUUAAGACAGGCUGAUCUGAAGUAGGGUCCUCAAGAUUAAGGACUCUAACCUGAAGCAUGCCCUUCUGUCAUUGUGAUUAUUCUUUCUAUUCCAUGGUGUUAAGCAUCUCAAGAUGGAAAUGAAAAUGUACUGAGUAGAACUGAGAAAAUAAAUAUGGUGAUGGUUUAAUAAA